AUGUCACGUGAGCGCGCACCCUGUCGGGCCGCGCAGAGCAACCAUUCGGCGGCUGGACAGACAGCUCUCCUUCUGACAAACCAACACUACCACCACCACACCACACCACACCACACCAACGCGCCUGUGCGUGAUCUUUCAUCUGUCAUUGCGACACUAUAUUCAUUUCAAGCUCCAUAUAUCAUGGGCAACCAACAAUCCAAUAUUGGAGGCGGUGGAGCUGGCGGAGAUGGAGGUGAUGAUAAGAGCAAGAAGGACAAGCCUAAGUACGAGCCGCCACCACAACCCACUCGUCUUGGUCGCAAGAAGCGCAAGGCAGCCGGUCCAAACGCAGCCGCAAAACUUCCUACCAUCCUUCCGACGGCACGAUGUAAAUUACGAUAUCUAAGGAUGCAACGAAUCCACGACCAUCUGCUACUUGAGGAGGAGUACGUUGAAAAUCAGGAACGCAUCCGGAAAGCAAAGGCUCAGGCUACUGCACAGCCCUCAGCAACAGGGGACCUCGAUGCUUUGGAUAGAAAUGCUGAUGAGAGAGGCCGUGUUGAUGACAUGAGAGGAAGCCCGAUGGGUGUUGGAAACCUAGAGGAGAUGAUAGACGACGACCACGCAAUCGUCUCUAGUGCCACCGGUCCUGAAUACUACGUCUCGAUCAUGUCCUUUGUCGAUAAGGAUCUUUUGGAGCCCGGGGCCAGUAUUCUACUACAUCAUAAGUCAGUGUCAGUCGUCGGCGUUCUGACAGAUGACACGGAUCCCUUGGUGUCCGUUAUGAAGCUAGACAAAGCCCCCACAGAGUCUUACGCCGAUAUUGGUGGUUUGGAGUCUCAGAUCCAAGAGGUUCGUGAAGCUGUCGAGCUGCCAUUACUACAUCCCGAGCUUUACGAAGAGAUGGGCAUCAAACCACCGAAAGGUGUCAUUUUGUACGGUGGCCCGGGAACUGGUAAAACUCUUCUAGCAAAGGCCGUGGCCAACCAGACCAGUGCUACAUUCUUGCGCAUUGUUGGUAGUGAACUGAUUCAGAAGUACUUGGGUGACGGUCCCCGUCUCGUGCGUCAAAUCUUCCAGGUGGCGGCCGAGCACGCUCCAUCCAUUGUCUUCAUCGAUGAGAUUGACGCCAUCGGAACAAAGCGAUACGACUCGACAUCUGGCGGUGAGCGAGAAAUUCAGCGAACCAUGUUGGAGCUUUUGAACCAGCUUGAUGGUUUUGACGAUCGCGGAGACGUCAAGGUGAUUAUGGCAACCAACAAAAUCGACAGCUUGGAUCCUGCGUUGAUUCGUCCUGGUCGUAUUGACCGCAAGAUUCUGUUUGAGAACCCCGAUCUUUUUCCCACAGAAAAUACCAAGAGAAAGAUUUUCACGCUACACACCGGCAAGAUGUCUCUCAGCGAGGAUGUCGAUCUGGACGAAUUCAUCAGUCAAAAGGACGAUCUCUCUGGCGCCGAUAUUAAAGCCAUAUGUUCCGAGGCUGGUCUCAUGGCUCUCCGUGAACGGCGUAUGAGGGUACAAAUGGAGGAUUUCCGGACAGCUCGCGAGCGGGUUCUGAAGACCAAGAGUGAGAGCGAGCCAGAGGGGUUGUAUCUAUAA